AUGUCUAGGUUGCUGUGGAUGGCUUCAGAUAUCCAGACACAAAACGAGGAUGCUUGCUUGGGAAUACAUCAACUGUUGCCGUCGACGCAGUGCCGAGCGUCUCUGUCGAGAGUCUAUUUUCCGGUUUUCAAAAAGCGCGAGAACCUUACGGCCCAUUAUCAAGGGGCGGAAGCAAUCUCCAUAUUGGGGAGACUGAGAGAGGCCAAUAUUCAGAAGCUUGACGGUGACAAUAAUGGCUCAGCCAUUCCAACAGGUGCAGUUAUGACUAAGUUGUUGACACUUUCAAGUUACGGGCUCGAUAUCGUCCUCUUCCAACUAGAACCGCGCCAGCAUCAAAGCAGGAUAUCGACAGAUUGCGGUGUACGGUUAAUCAAUGGCAAGGUAGCCAAGUCCGUAUAA